UUCAUUGGACGUCGGCACUUAUCAGAAGAUGAUUGAUAUCAAAGCCUGGGCAGAGUAUGUAGUGGAGUGGGCAGCUAAAGACCCAUAUGGCUUCCUCACUACAGUCAUUCUGGCCUUGACUCCACUGUUCAUCGCUAGUGCUCUGCUUUCCUGGAAACUUGCGAAGAUGAUUGAGGCCAGGGACCGUGAGCAGAAAAAGAAGCAAAAGCGACAGGAGAACAUAGCAAAGGCCAAGAGAGCCAAGAAGGAUUGAACUGAAAUGUCAUGGGAUGCAGAGGGAUCAAUUUAUGUGUUCCCGUGUCUAACAAGGCCCCACUCUCAGCUGUGUCAGAGCCCAGUCCAGCUCUUGCGGGGCCGGGGUGAAACAGGGCUUAACAGCAGCAUUAUCAAGUGCUUGGAGAGUGCAUGUCGUGUGGGCUGAUUAAUCGAGUACUCAAUGGCAGGACUGCAGAGUUUUUCUGGAAAUUAUCCAUACUUUGAAAAAUUCACUACAGUAUCAUACUAUGAUUGCAGCACUCAGCAUUCCAGUUAUUUUUCUGAUGUUUUUCCACCUCCAAUCCACUGAAGUUUUUUUUUAUUAUUAAUUUU